AUGACCGAGCACAUGGAUCCCGUUCAGCAGCAGGAGCUGGCUUUCUUUGACAAAAUCAUGUCCAGUGGGAAGCAGGCAGCUGAAUCGACGGACAAGAAGGAUGAGGGUACGCCUCUCAAAUAUCCUCGAUCAAACGAGAAGGGCAACGGCGGCGGCAGAGGAAAGGGAAACGACUGGAAACCAGCACCCAGCAGCAAGUCGCACUCCAGCCAUGAUGGGCACGCCAAUCAGGACUGGCAAAGCUGGGGAUGGAGCAAAGACGGGAGUGACUCCAAAUCUGGAGAUCGCAUUGCUGCGCUGGAGCAGCAGGUGUCCCUUCUUUCGAGGAUGGCCUCACGCCAUGAGGAUGGGCUAAACAUGCUACGCGCAGAAGUAUCCUUCGUAAUCCACGCCAAGAUCGGACGCGAGUCCAGCAUUGUCGGAUCCUUGUACCGCGUUCAGGCGAUGAAGAAGAACCACCGGGUUGAGCGGCUGCCAGACGACGAAGCGCAACUGGGCGAGUUCAAGGCUCAUGGAUGGAUCUCCGAGGAUCUGAACUUCUGGCCGGCGCUGGCAUGGGACUCGGACUCGAAGAAGCCUCUUCCAGUGAAAAGUCACCGGGGCUUGCCUAGUGCCAUGUUGGUGGACCACCUCAAGGCCGUGAUCUGA